GCGAUCGACAUCUACUUCUUGCCUUUCACGCCCCCGCUGAAAGUUGACACGCCGCUGGACUCCCAGCUGGAAGGCUUCUUCGGUCCGUUCCUGUCUCCGAUCAUAGUAUUUUUGAUCACCUUCCUCAUCCAGCAGCAGAUCAACGGCUUCCGGCGGGAGCAAGAAAUGAAAGCGGCAAGCGCUGCGGCCAAUGCUGUAGGCGGGGCCGUGUCCUCCGCGGCCGCGGGCGCGGCGAGGAGCUUCGGCGAGCGGCUUGCGUCCGUGACCGGUGACCAGUGGGCGAAGCUGGCCCUCUGCCUGCUCAUCGACGCCCUGGGCGACGCCACUUACCUCCUGCCUGGGCUUGGCGAGGCGGGAGACGCUUUGUACGCCCCAUUCGAGUUCCUGGUAUUGCGUAGCUUAUUUGGUGGGUCGAACACUCUGGCUUUAUUUGGCUUCGUCGAGGAGGCACUCCCGUUCAGUGAUGCCAUCCCUACAGCGACAGCGGCAUGGUUUCUACAAGCACUAUUCCCCGAGAAUCCAGUCGCCAAGUUCUUCGGGAUUGGCCUAAAGACCCACCUGCGACGACUCCUCCGCAGACCGGUGACAACGGCAAGAGGCCCAAGAAGUGACAGAGCAACCUCGCUGGCUUCUCACGACCUCGGUCCCAUCCCUUUGUGUCAGUCCUUCUCUUCGCUCACUUGCACUCCUUGUCUCUACGCCUUCUUUGCACCAGUCUCACAGUGUAUACCCGUUUGGAUCUCUGAUUAUAUUGCUGCCGUGGGCCUGCGUCGUUGA